AUGAGGCUGGCACUAUCUAUUGCAGGGGCGAGCUUCCCUUCGUAUUUCGCAUACGGCUUCCCAGCCCUGUCAUCGCAGAAGAUACCUCGAGAUAUCUCCAUCCAUCGCCACUAUCACCGCAACGACAACGGUACGCAGAUUUUCUGCCACAAUGAGACCCAAUCACCGAUCUUCACGCUAGGAGACCUUGACUACGGAGCACCUGGGGUCAUCCUCGUCAACUAUGACUCGGGGUCGCAUGACAAGAUCAAUGGGACAAUGUACUUCUUCUAUGAAAGUGACCAUGACUAUGUGCCGUACAAAUAUACCAUCCUAUCACCAUGGUCGCACGCCUAUAUUAACCUCUGCCCCACCUUCGAAGGUCGCAUUGUCCGCGGCAACUACCUCAACCUCGAUGGCCGGACGCACAACCUCGGCACCUGGGCCGAAGUGAACUGGCACCCGGAUGGCAGCGCAUGGGGCGACGUAUCCCUGCUGCAGGGCAACGAUGGCGCGGUGGUGAUCCAGUCCCUCGAUGGGAUCAACAAGAUGAAAGGGUUCGCAGUCGACCUCCUCGCGAGCGCACCGGAGGGCGCCUGGGCACGGAAGGAUACAGGAUCUUGGUGCUUGGAUAAGAUUGUGGGGCCAAAUGCAAACAAGAUUACCAAGAGUUGGGAAGCGAAGUACUUGGAUCCGUGGAAUGUCUAUCUGGAAGGUGAUAUCGACCCGGUCAUAAAUUCAAAUAAUGGGAGGUUUCAGGUCACGUUUUAUGAAGGGGUGAUUUGA